CCUCAGUUGUGUUCUCGCACAUAAAACGGGGACUCCAGCAUCCUGGAUCUGUGUUACGCAUCAGCUGAACAGAUUGUUUGAAGGUUUCUGAAAACCGCGAGAUAAAAGCAGGGUCGCCAUGGGCGUGUUCCUGGAAUCGUGGCUGAGUGAAUUCCUGGCCGUAGCCGUGCUGGCGGCGGCGGCGCUCUACACUUGGUACUCUCACCGCUACAGCUAUUGGACCAAGAAGGGCGUUCUUCAGCCAGAGACUUUAAUACCAUUUGGCAACAUAGCGAGAGCUUUUUUUGGAAUUACUCGAUUAGAUUUCGUGUUCCAAGAGCUCUAUCUUCGUUUCAGAGAUCAUAGCUAUGUGGGAAUAUAUCUAUUCAGCAAUCCUAGUCUGUUGCUGAUCAAUCCGGAUUAUAUUCGGAUAGUACUGGUCAAGGAAUUUGAAGCAUUCUCCCACAGAAAUAUCAACUUCGAUGAGAGAGAUCCACUGAACCAUAACUUAAUUAACACGAACGGCCCUAAAUGGAAGAAACUGCGUACUAAGUUGACCCCGUCAUUUACGACGGGAAAGCUCAAAAUGAUGAGUCAGACAAUGCAGGACUGCGGACGCGAAUUGGUGAAGGUGUUGGAGGAGCCAGCGAAGAAGGGCCAGAUCCUGGAGGUGCGGGAGAUAGCCGCCAGGUUCACCACCGACAACAUCGCUUCCGUCUUUUUCGGAGUCGAGUGUAACGCUCAACGGAACCCGGACACAGAGUUCCGCCAAUGGGGGCGUAAGAUGUUCGAGACAACAGUCAAAUCAAGGAUUUACGAUCUCAUGUACAGAUUUUUACCAGCGGUAGCCAAGGCCCUAGGGCUUCCGAGCGGCGCUGUACACGUGACGAGAUACUUUCGGAAUAUGGUGAAGGAGACCAUGGAGUACCGGGAACAACAUGGCGUAGUUCGCAACGACUUACUACAUCUAAUGAUGCAGCUCAAGAACAAGGGCUUCAUUGACGAACAAAGUAAAACUGGCUCCCAGGAAAUUGAUAACUGGAAGUUUACGAUCGACGACGUGGCAGCACAGUGCAUCCUAUUUUACGCCGCAGGCUUCGAGACGUCGUCGACUACCAUGAGUUUCGCACUCUACGAGCUGGCUCUCAAUCCAGACGUACAGAGGCGACUGCAUGAGGAGGUGGACGCGACGCUGAAAGAGAACGCAGGACAGUUGACGUACGAGGUCAUCUCGGACAUGAAGUAUUUGGACAAGGUUAUUGCAGAGACGUUGAGGAAACACCCACCGGCUGGCCUUGUUGACCGGAAGUGUGUACAGGACAUUAAUCUUCCCGAUGGUGGACCUGUUAUUGAGAAAGGAACGCCUGUGUUCAUCCCGAUAUACGCCCUCCACCACGACCCCGAGUACUACCCAGAACCACAACGUUUCGACCCCGAGAGGUUCUCAGAAGAACAGAAAGCGGCGAGACACUCAUAUGUAUACAUACCAUUUGGUGACGGUCCCAGGAACUGUAUAGGAAUGAGACUGGGUCUUUUACAGUCAAAGAUUGGCCUGGCAUAUAUGAUGUCCAAAUAUGAAGUACACCGAUGUGAGGAGACUUCGGUACCUCUUCAGUACAAUCCCUGGGCAUUUGUUCUGGAAUCUGCUACUGGUAUAAAGUUGAAGCUGACUCAGAGGAAUUAA